AUGUGGGGCGGCAGGGCCGGGGCCUUGCCCCGGGUGUGGGGGUGGUGGCCGACCGGGGUCCUCGCAAGGAGACCGCUGAGCUGCAAUGCUCCGUCGCUCGCAGGAAGCAGCGCCCCCCAGUGUUGGAACUGCGGCGGCCCAGGGGGCCCCAUCCGGGAGGACGGGUUCUUCUGCCCCCAGUGCCGGGCGCUGCAGCCACCCGACCCCACCAGAGACCACUUCAGCCUCAUGGACUGCAAACGUUCCUUCAAUGUGGAUACCGCAAAGCUCCAGCAUCGGUUCCAGCAACUGCAGCGCCUUGUCCAUCCAGACUUCUUCGGCCAGAGGUCGCAGACGGAAAAGGACUUCUCCGAGAAGCAUUCGACCCUGGUGAAUGACGCCUACAAGACCCUUCUGGCCCCGCUGAGCAGGGGACUAUACCUUCUAAAGCUCCAUGGAAUAGAGAUUCCCGAAGGAACAGAUUAUAAAAUGGACAAUCAAUUCCUCAUGGAAAUAAUGGAUAUCAAUGAGAAACUCGCAGAAGCUGAAAGUGAAGCUGCCAUUAACGAGUUUGAAUCUAUUGUCAGAGCAAAACAGAAAGAAUUGACUGACAAUUUGAGCAGAGCUUUUGAACAAGAUGAUUUUGAAAAAGCCAAGGAAAUUUUAACAAAGAUGAGAUACUUUUCAAAUAUAGAAGAAAAGAUCAAGUUAAAGAUGGUUCCCCUCUAA